AUGACAAUGGAUUCAAAGCAGAACGGUGACAAAAAACUACCAGAGUUGGAAACAUAUACUACAACUCAAAAGGUUACAAAAACUGCUGUCUUGGUCUUUACAUGGCUAACAAUUGGUUUGUUCAAUGAAAUCACGGGACCAACUCAAAAAGAUUUAAUCAUAAAAACAAAUUCAGACUACGAGUUGGUUUCUAGAGCUAUAUCUGGCCAAAGUGUUGGAUAUUUUAUCGGGGCAAUCAUCGGAGGGCCUCUCAUUGAUAAAUAUGAAAAAUGGUGUGAUGUAACUAUAGCAAUUUGCCUAGAUUUUGCGGCAGUCGCCGUAUUCGCUGCACCAUACGCUACAAACAUUAACAUUUUAUGGGCUUUACUCGCUGUUGCAGCUUCGUUUGAAGGCGUUGUUAACAUAGUCGGACAGAGAGUUCUCAUACAGCUAUGGGACAAAAAAGCAACUGGACCUUUACACCUUCUUCACUUCGGGUUUGGAAUGGGAUCUGUCCUUGCUCCGCAAAUAGCAAAUCCAUUCUUGGCAGUGUUGGCGCCGUCACUAGAAAAUGUCACUUCCACUGUAAUGCCAAAUGUAUCGCUCGUACCAAAUGUUUUAGUAACAUCAAUACAAAACACAACACCCUUACCACGUACAAAUGUUACUAAUACAAAUACUACAGUGGAAUAUCUUAAAGAAUCCAGGAUAGAAACAGCGUAUUUGAUUGUUGCUAUCGUCAUAGCUUCCGUGUCCAUUGUGUACUAUUUUUAUCAGUUCUGUUCUAGGCAUAUAAUGUUAACUCCAGAAAAAGAAGUUGACGCUGAGGAGAGUAACUUUCGGAAAGUUGCAAGAUUGGUCGAUCCCGCAACAUGUGCAAAUGGUGAUAGAUGGUUUGGUAUUCAAAUUUUCAUUGUGUUAUUUUUGUGUUUCUUUAAUAUAGGCGGUGGUGAUGCUUUGUAUGGAAAGUUUAUAAGAAGUUAUUCCAUCGACAAACAUAAAUUUUCAGGCGAUGACGCAUCGUUGAUAAAUACUGUAUACUGGAUAAGUUUUGCGGUCGGACGAUUCAUUGGUAUAUUUACCGGACGGUUCAUACCAAUUCGUAUUUUACUUCCGGUUGAAGUGUCUGGAACUUUAAUUACAGGAAUUUUGUUAGAAAUUUUUGCGCAGGAAAACGAUUUGGCGUUAUGGAUUUUAACUAUAAUGAUGGGACUAUGUGUUGGUCCAAUUUUUCCUUCUGGCUUAGGUUGGGCUAAUGCUCACCUCGAGGUCACUGGAGUAGCAAUAACGUUCAUUGUUAUGGGUAUGGCUUUGGGUGCCAUGUCAUACCUUUGGGUAAUUGGAUAUCUCUAUCAGCAUCAUGGUUAUGACAUGUUUUUUCAUCAAAACACAUUUUAUGGGGCAAUUGUUCUUUUCUUUACAAUUUUUAUGACAGUUGUAGUGAAAUUGCAUAGGAGAAAAAUUAAAAAGGAAGAAAAGGAAAUACAAAUGGAACACGAAAAGUCAGAAACGAAAGUAUAUGUGACAACAAGUGUUACAAAUUUAAUACCAGACUUCAAAAGUGAUACAUCUAAUGCACUCAACGGAUACUAUAAUACUAUUAAUUCUGAUAUAAUAGAAGACACUCGACUGUAA